AUAUUGAGCCUGAACUCCUGGUUACAAUAAAGUUUCUGUAAACCCAACUCCUCCUUCAUCUUUAUUUUUCGUUUUUAAAACGAUAUAUACCGAUAACUCUUCUUCCCGAAAGUUUUGAACUUUUGAUAGGCACACCCUAAUUUCAAACUUUUCGUCUAGUACAACCGAGCCAAACAACCCAAAAUUCUGAAUGCGCAAAUCAUCCAGAAGAACCGCCCACGGUGGCCGACACCGAAACUGGACGGAACUCCCAGACGACAUCACGGCGUCGAUACUGUCACGGCUGGGAACGCUCGAGAUCCUCAGGACGGCUCAGAGGGUAUGCAUGACGUGGCGAAGAAUCUGCAAGGACAACUCUCUGGUUUGGCAAUCCAUCUACAUCCACGAUGAACAUUACAUCGACAUGAGCUAUUUGGACAAGAUCUGCCGCCACGUCAUUGAUCUUAGCUCUGGUAAUCUUGUGGAUAUCAGUAUUGAGUACAUCGGCACCGAUCAACUCCUCAAGUACAUGGCUGAGAGCUCAAGCGGAAUCAAACGCCUCCGAUUCGUGAAUUGCACUAGCUUAACAGACGAGGGAUUCAGCGAAGUGGCUUCGAAACUUCCCUUGCUGGAAGACCUUGACAUUUCGAAAUGUGAUAACAUCUCAUCUAAAUCUCUACAGGUGGUUACGUGCUCAUUCCCUCUUUUGAAAUCGUGCAAAUUGAAUUCACUCAAACUCAAUAUAUCAAGUGAAAGCAGGUGGCUUUGUAAGGUGGAUUAUUGUCAUGGAUAAACACAUGCAGGACUGAGUUAAUCGAGUGACUUCGAAACUUCAGAAAUAAUGUUGGAGGAUCAGGAUGACAUGUAUUGAUCAAGACAAAAGUUUCAUUGUUGUCUACAUCAUUAUCGGAUUGAGGUUGACCUCAGUGAUUUAGGUUUUACUUGCUAAUAAAUUUAGCUAUUUCAGAUUUCCGGCAUGUUUAUCUAAUUAGUAUUUUAAUGUUUAGUUUGGUCAUGUUCCCACA